AAUAAAGUGAAAAUGUUCUUGAAUAGGAACAUUUUCCCAGACUUGGAAGAGCUAGAUCUCAGUGGUUGGGCGGCAGACUUUAAGACUCUCCAUAGGUAUCUUGUGGCAAUUGGUGACGUUCCUGUGAAAUCCUUAAAGGUUAGUUUGGGCGAGCUCGAACAUAAGCUGCGCAUAAGAUUUAAUGAGUGGCCUCACCUAAAAAUCGAAUCUCGCAUCAGUUGAACUGUUUACUAUGUUGUUAUUUAAUUGGUUGACGUCAUUCGUUUGUUGCAUACUAUUGGUCCAUGCCAACACAGAGACACACGUUCUAAGGGUACCGAACUAUUUCGAUGUGAGAUCUGACAGUUAUAAUGAAGCUUCCCCAUUGUCCCAAUAUGGAUCUUCUUCAGUUCUUUACGAUUACCCAAUAAUGAACAGGUAUCCAGACAACAACGCCAAAAUUGGCUCCAUUGUCAUGGAAGAUCCACUCAAAGAUGGUGAUUCUCAGUUUUUGCUUGUUCGGUUGAAUAAUUACAAUGACACUACGUUGGAACCUAAUAACCUUCUUUUCAUCAAAUUGUGCUGGCCAGCCACCAUUCCUGUUGACUUCGAAUUGUCUCACAAAUUUUUGUACGGAAAUGAAGAUGGAAUGAAGAGGAACAAGGUCGAAGUCGACUCUCCCCUGCACGCAUUAUACCUUGUUAUUAAAUGCACUGCUAAGUUCAAAACUUAUAGUGAAAAAUACAGCACCAUUGACAGCGUGAAGUUCAAGCUUGUGAUUCAGAAAUUGCCAAACCCUUGGGUGCCAAUUCCUUUGGAAGUAUACGACAUAAUAAUGUAUUUGGUUGAUGUUGGGAUUCUAUUGUGGUGCUUGAUCCCCAAACUUCCUGGGUUUUAGAGAAGACUCUAAAAUACAUUGCCUACUAGUUGGUGGGGCGUGCGUGCGGCCAAUAGCCCAGGCCCCUUUCGCGCCUUGGGGGCCUGCAUUAUUUCUAGUCACUACUUCAACCUUGAACCACGAAAAGAUGUCCUUGAAUGAAGAUGACCCAUUAGGUCCUCCAAAGAACACGCAGAACUUGGACUUGAAUAAGUUAACCCCAGAUGAAUUGAAAAUAUACAGAAUGUAUGGCAAAUUGCCCACUCGGCAGCAAAUCUUGACAUCCAAAAUUAAAGAGAAGAAAUACUUUGACAGCGGUGACUAUGCCAUGCAAAAGCAAUUGGGCGGCAGCAAGUCCUCUGUACCUUCUUCAAUGCCCAUGAGCCAUCCCAAUGCCGAGAAAGUCAAGGAGAUGUAUAAUCGGAACUCCAUUAGCAAUGCCAGUGUAUUGCCAUAUGGGAAACUGAAUUUGUUGCACGAGCGGACGGCUGAGGAUGAAGAAACCAAGUAGCGAACGAGGUGUUGGUUGUACAGCUGUUGUACAAAUUGAGACGAAACCUUCACACUCCAGAAAUAAAUACAACUGGAAGGAUGUGAGUCAAGUAAUGAUCCUUAAUCAAUGUAACCAGAUGGUAACCAGAUGAGCGAGUUUGAUCGGUCCUCGUGUAGUUACCCUAUUGCUAGGGAUUUCGAUAUGUAUUGUUGAAAUAGGUUUUAUAAAUGAUAUACGAAGUUAUCUGACGAGCGCACUAAUUUUCAGCUGAUGAUAAUAACUGGUGAUGAGUUCAACAAAUGCUUAUCUGAAUUUAAAGAAGUGAUAGUGUCAAGCUUGCAAUCGGACAAGCGGUUGAUGAUAUUAAGCUCGUCAAUUGAGCUGAUUUUCAACAAGUGUCUCCUAAAGUUGGUAUUGGAAUUGGAUGGUUUAUUAAUUAUUACAGUCUUCUCCUAUGACGAGUUUUAUACUGUUCCGUUGCUAUGCUUCCAGGUGUUUAGAAGACAAGGAGAGUUUGAUGAGUUGGUUCAACUACAUGAUAUACGGGAUCUAGGUCUUGUACGUGACGUUCCUUUAACUAUAGAUAAUCAUACACUUCUUGCAGGAACCUACUUCAAGAUUCACCCGUGUGAAACACUUGAAACCACAGACACGUUCGUGCAGGGUACUCCGUCAAACGUUCUUGGAUACUUGAUAACUUGGAAUAUGAUUUACGGAACAGGGGUUUUUAAACACUUAUAUGUGAAAUAUAGAUUAUCUAUGGAAUAAAGUACAUUAUGAUGCAAAAAUAGGAUUCUAGCUGGAAGCUCUGGCAGAUGAAUUCUUUUCAUCAGUGAAAACACGACAUGGAUACUGAUCGGUAUACAUCCCAUUUUCUUGCUCUUGGGUAAUCUUCCAGGUGAACUUAUUUAAAGAAGGAGCCACGAUUGGUUCACCAACAUCCCCCAACACUUCACCCUUGACGAUGCUUGAAUCUACACUCGACAAAGUAACAGAUAAACUCACUGGAGCCCCUGGAUCGUUGAAGACCUGUAAUUCCUGGUUUCCUUUGUUACCAAUAGCGAUUCUUGGCUUUUCAACUGAACCCAACUUCAACAAACCAGACACUUUAGUUUGAUCAAACCCGUAGAUUUGAGGAUAGUUUCUUCUAUAGUCUCUAUGGUGAUAUGCGUUUCCUUUGAUAUCACCUGCAGGGAUGGUGAUUGGGUCCACAUAGUUUCUGGCUUCUGUAAUUCUGUCACCUGGGGGUUGUGCACGGAACAUUGAUACGAUUGGAUUACCACUUGAUCUGUUAGGUACUAAUACCAAUAGUUGUCUGAGCUUUUCCCAGAUCCCUUUCGAACCGGACGUAUACUUUUUCCAAACUGGAACUGGUCCUCCAGACAUGAUAUGUGUAUGUAGCGAAAACUUUUGGUUUACUUUUGCUU